CUAGCCAGCAGCUUCCACAUCCUCACCCUCUUGGAUCUCUUGUACGAUGCAGAGGAUCCUGCAGCACCGGUUUGUUUGGCAGUCGAGUUGGAUUGGCCCAUGACGAUUGGACUCUGCUUGGAUGGGUUUGCCGAGUUGUUGUCGACUGCAGUAGACAUGUGCGGGCACGAAGGUGUUCAAGAUGUAGGCGAGCUAGACGGGAAGGCUAAAACUGAAUAG